AUGAUGCCGCCAGGGAUACGAGCUGCUCUCCCAUUGCGGAGCUCGGUGCUGCUAUGUUUGAGACAUGGCCCUGGACGUGCAGCACCUAGCUCCUCAUAUCGUGGCACUGCCACCGACGGCCUCAGACACUUUAACUCGAACCCGAGUACGAACGACUCAGAAACAAGCAUCAGAAAGCUUUCUGAUGAUCCACACUUCCUCACAAGGCGACUUGCCGACGAACUGCAACUCCCCCUCUUCGCUGCUUCCGGACAACAAUUACGUCUGCUCGAAGACCCGUGCGACUUCUACGAGACGCUGAAACAAAAGAUCAGUCAGGCAAAGGAGCGCAUCUUCCUCGCCUCGCUGUACAUCGGCAAAGAAGAGACGGAGCUCAUCGAGCACCUCCAGACAGCACUACGCAACAAUCCAGCACUGCAGCUUACAAUUCUGGUCGAUGCACUCAGAGGGACCAGGGAAGCUGCUCCGACACCCUCCUGUGCGAGUCUUGUGUCAAGACUGCAUGCCGAAUUCUCAGAUCGAGUCAGCAUACGUCUCUACCAUACACCAAACCUCAAAGGAUGGAUGAAGAAGAUUGUCGGGAAGCGCUUCAACGAAGGAUGGGGAUUGCAGCACAUGAAGAUCUAUGGAUUCGACAAUGAUGUCGUGCUCAGCGGCGCCAACCUCAGCCGUGACUAUUUCACGAAUCGACGAGAUCGCUACCUGCUGAUCGAAGAUCACAUGGAGGUGGCCAAUUACCUAGACUCGCUCGUGCACCUCGUCGGGCAGUUCAGCUUCAAGCUGGAGACAUCAUCACCGCGGAGUGUUUCUGCUGACAGCACCUCGAGUCCAGACUGGAGGCUAGUCUGGGACGGCGGUCAAGACACUCUGACCUCAGCAAGCGACCGACCGCAGAUGCAGCCCUUCACAGAAUCUGGCUGGACAGACGAGGCAACCAUUGCGGUCAAGGAAUUCACGAGGCAGUGGCAGAGUCAGUCAACGAAUAGGGUGAGCAGUCAGACGGAGGCCGACACCUUGCUGCUGCCCUUGCUCCAGAUGGGUCCUCUCGACAUCAGGCAAGAGACCCGCGCGAUACCGCAGAUACUCGACAUGGCCCUCCAAACGCGGACCGCUCAGGGACAGCCGCCAACACUAGCGCUCACGUCCGGCUACUUUUCCCUGUACAAGCCGUACAAGUCGCUCAUCCUCCAAGCAAAAGCGGCGUCGAGCGCCGUUGUCAAGAUCAUUUGCGCAUCGCCAGAAGCGAACGGCUUCUUCCAAUCGAAAGGUGUUUCGGGCUGGAUACCCGAAGCGUACACGUGGUACGAGUGUCAGUUCUGGAAAGCGCUGAGGCGUGCUAAGAGGCUGCUGGGACAGGAUGGACGUAAAGCGGAAGAUGGGGGAGUCGAGAUCCGCGAGUGGAAGAAAGAUGGCUGGACGUAUCACGCGAAAGGGAUAUGGUACUACCCACCCUCGCCAGAAGGAGCAACGGAACAGCCGGCGCCGACCAUGGUCCAUGUUGGCUCAAGCAAUUAUGGAUCGCGGUCGGCGGAUCUGGAUCUCGAGUCCACUUUUCUGAUCUCAACCCAAUCGCAGGAGCUCUCGCAAAGGUUCGGGGAAGAGUUUGCGACCUUGGAACGGGAUGCGAACGAUGCUGUCGACAAGAAUCUCUUCGAGAGGCCAGACAGGAAGGUCCGAAGACGAGUCAAGAUCGCGUCGUGGAUCCUCAAGGGGAUGCUCUGA